AAGGUAUCAAAAGCUCUAAGAGAAGCUGGUCUUGAAUCAUCCAAUCUCAUUCUGGGAGUUGAUUUCACUAAGAGCAACGAGUGGACUGGGAAAACUUCUUUCGAUGGAAAGUGUCUGCACGCGCUCGGGGAAACACCAAAUCCAUACGAAAAGGCCAUCUUUGUAAUCGGCCAAACGUUGGCUCCUUUCGACGAAGAUAAUCUCAUCCCUUGUUUCGGCUUUGGCGAUUCAACAACUCACGAUGAGGAAGUGUUCGGUUUCCAUAGCGACAUUUCUCCAUGUCAUGGCUUCGAAGAGGUCUUAGCAUGUUACAGGAGAAUUGCACCCGUCUUGCGUCUGUCAGGGCCAACGUCGUAUGGACCGCUCAUUGAUGCUGCCGUUGACAUUGUGGAGAAGAACGGUGGACAGUUCCAUGUUCUUGUGAUCGUCGCGGAUGGACAGGUAACGAGAGGUACUGAUAUGGCCGAGGGAGAACUCAGUCAACAAGAGAAGACAACCAUCGACGCUAUUGUGAAUGCAAGCUCGUAUGCUUUAUCGAUUGUUUUAGUCGGUGUUGGAGACGGACCAUGGGAAGACAUGAGGAAGUUCGAUGAUAAGAUCCCUAAGCGUGAAUUCGACAACUUUCAGUUUGUGAAUUUCACAGAGAUCAUGAUGAGAAACUCACCAGAGUCUGCCAAAGAAACUGCCUUUGCUCUUGCUGCUCUAAUGGAGAUUCCCUUUCAGUAUCAAGCAGCCAUCGAACUCCGCUUACUCGGGAACCCGACGGGCUCAGCUAAGACAGUAGUUCCGAGACCCCCACCAAUUCCGUACACGCCUCUAACUAAUGCUGAACUACCAUCAACUGCAUCACCUACAUCACCUGAACAAACCCAGAGUUGCCCGAUUUGUCUGACUAACCGAAAAGACUUGGCUUUCAGCUGCGGCCACAUGACUUGUGGAGAUUGCGGAUCCAAAAUAUCAAGUUGCCCCAUCUGCCGAGUACGGAUCACUAGCAGGCUACGGCUUUACACAUGAUUAAUGCCCACAAACUGUCUUACUUUUCACGGUUUUACGCGUGAUAAAUGCCGACAAGCUUUAUUUAUGCACAUAAGAAACGUUUGCACAUACUGUCCUUCCCCUUUGUAGAAUCUACAGUUUGGUUUACCAACUGUCUCUGACAAUGUUCCACAAUCAGCAUGUACAAUGCAAUUUCGUAUGUACUGUAAAACAAUAACCUUGCAAGUAAGAAUGAAGAAGCAAUGUACAAAACAUGGGUUUUACACAGUUUUAUUCAUCAUAGCAAAAUGUUUGUAGUGA